AUGCAGGCUGCCUUGGACCGUUACCUGAGAGAGAAAAAAUACCCCUACUCAAUAAUUCGCGAUGAUAAAUUUGAGGAAUCAAAGAAAGUCCUUGAAGGAAAGGCUCGAGAGCUUCGCAAAGAAGGCCGCGGUAAACGACCUAACGCUGCCAAACCUCUUACUCUACAAGAAGAAGAAAUGUUAUGGCAAGAAGGAAAACUUGGCAACUCGUCUCCGCAAAUUUUAACAAAUACAAUGUGGUGGUUACUCACCCAGCAUUUUGGGCUCCGAGGAAGACAAGAGCAUCACACUAUGUCUGUCGAAGACUUCUCGUUCGGCGAAGACGACAACGGACAUGAAUACAUAACGUUUCACGAAAGCCCAACAAAAACACGCCAGGGCGGUCUUCACAUCACAAGACGACAGCAGCUUCCCAAAAUGUUUGCCACCGGUGGAGAAAGGUGCCCAGUAGCGCUAUUUCGAGAAUAUAUCAACCACCGACCACAUGAAAUACGCUACGAAGGCCCAUUUUACCUGACGCCAUUGCCGAAAAAAACACAACACGACAUCGUUUGGUACAAGCGAGUAAAACUUGGGGUGAAUUCCAUUGCCAAAAUCAUGAAGUUGGUGAUUGCCAAUACAUCCCUCGAAGACAGUGGUAAGAAACUGACCAAUCAUUCCGCCAGAAAGACACUGGUCAAGAAACUGCGAGCAAGUAACGUGGAGCGGUCGUCCAUAAUGAAUGUCACCGGGCACAGAAAUGAACAGUCACUAAACGACUAUGAUGAAGGAAACGAAGUCGAACAACGCCAUAUAUCAAAUUUAAUAAGCAAUGCUAAUGCUGGUCAGUGCCGCCAAAUAGAAACGAUGUCUUCGCCACAACAAAUGCCAACACAAUCUUUCAAUUAUCCACACUGGGCUUCCAGCAUAACAAGCAGUUCAUCGAGUCAAUCCGGUCCGAGCAACCAAUUCUACAACUGUAAUGUCGUCUUCAACAUGAACCAAGUUACUUCUCCCAAAGGUCAAAAGCGUCCAUUCAGACGAAUUCUUGAAAGUGAUUCCGAUUCCCAGGAAUAA